AUGUGUAUUGAUAAAACUAAUGAAGUGACGACUUGGCUCAGUAUACGAAACACUUCUUUGAAGCUUAUGAUGCAAGGUACUACCAGAGGAGUAGGAGGAUGGGGUGCCAGUAACCAGAGAUACACUAAUGUUAUUCAACCCUCCACCUUUAAAUCUAAUGCAUGGGGUGGCAGCAAAGAUCACGCAAGAGGACUUUUUGGAUCGUCUGAUUUUGGAUCAUCAGGCAGUGGCAGUAGAAAUGUAGACUUUUCACAGAACAGGUUCUCUGCAUUAACGACCAGUCAGAAUAUUGAUGAUGGCUAUAAAGAUGAAGAGGAGAAACUUCUUGAAGGCAUAGUGAAAGACGUGGAAAUUUGGGAAUCUUCAGGACAAUGGAUGUUUUCAUCUUACUCACCUAUGAAAGAAAAGCCUAAUAUCUCAGGUUUUCCAGAUUUCUCGCCAGAAGAGUUGCGUCUGGAGUUUUACAACUGCAGAGCAAACAAUAACAUUCAGAACUAUAUAAAUUCUGUCCAACAGUUAGUGAAACAAUGGAAAAACAGGCUGCUUGAGUUAAAAACUUUGAGCGCAUCAACAAGAGCAGCAUUGCUAUCUGAGCUGAAGAAUGUGGUCAGUCAACCAUUGCCUUCAUUUGGAUUUGGAGGACAGCAAACAUCAGGCUUUGGGUUGUCAAGCUUUCCUGUGAGCAGCAGCAGCAGUAACAGUGCUAGCAAUUUCUCCUUUAAAACAAGUUCUGGUCUUGUCAGUGCAUCAUCUGGAAACGCCCCUGCUUUUGGGAGCUCUUCUGCUGGCCGUGAGCCUCCUGCAUUUGGUGUGAUGUCCUCCCCUAGUGUAUCCCGUUCUCUUGGUUUUGGCAGUCAGUCAACUCCAUCUGCAGCCUCCUUCUCGUUUAAAACUUCUGAAACAACUAGCGUUUUUGGAACUUCUGGGUUUUCAGGGUUUGGCAAUUCUUCUGCUGUGAACUCUUCAAGCACCACCCCACUUACAGCCUUCGGAGCUUUUAAUGCAGCAGUAGCAGCUUCUCCUUCACGUUCAAGUAAUACUUCAUUUGGACAGACUGCCAGCACCCCUGGACAAAGUGUAACAUCAGCGCCUUCUACAGUCACAAACAGUAUUACAUCAGAAAAGUUAUUUACACCAAAGAUGGAACUAUCAGCUGAAGAAUUGAAACAAUUUGAAGCAAAAAAGUUCACAAUGGGAAAGAUUCCUCUUAAGCCACCACCACUAGAACUUUUAAAUGUUUAAGACUUAAAUAUUUAUUCUGAAAUUAGGACAUUCUUAUACAGGUUUAUUUUUUGUAAUUGUUCUAUGACACCUUAAAUACACAAUUUUGGGGAUAAGUAAUGAAUUAAAGUGCCUCCUUGUGAGUUAAAAUUUCAUUUCCUCUCUAAGUUUUCUUCAGUAAUAAAUUCACAAAUGCAAAUGUUUCAACACUGUAUUUAACUUUUCCUUGUUUGUUUUGGAAUGAACUUUUUAAAUCCAAGAAAUGCACUAUUGAAAAUAAAAUUUUGUAGUAAAAGUUCCCUUCUGUACUGUGACAUUAUGGUUAAAAAGAAUGUUAAAGCAAAAACCUUUUGUCAAAAGUAGGAACACUUUGGUAAUGUAUUCACAGCAUACUGAUCUAGAAAGAAGUGGAUACAAUGUAAAGCUGUUUUGGGCCACCUUGCCUUAUGUCUUUCACUAAGACUAAGAGGUUUCAUGCAGCCUUUGACAACUGUUGUCAGUGGACACAGCAGACUUCUGUAUGGUCUGCACCUAGUUAUGUGCUUCUGUGAUGCUGGAGUCAGUUCCCUUUCCCAGCUGAUGCAGUUCAGCUUUUGUUUGUUCUGCUUGAGGUUAUAACGCAUACAUUAAUAUAAUAACAGUUUAGGGGGACGUUUUUAAAAGCAUUUGGCUAACAAGAAACUUGCAGUUUGCUGUUUUGACACGUUAGUUAGUUCCUUACAAAGUUUUAUUACAUUUAUGUGAAUUGAUACAAUUUUGUUGAUGGCUGCAUAUAUUGCCAAUAGCUUUACUGAGUUAAUGAUCUUAAGGUAUGUAUUUUGCCAAGAUGCUAUAAGCAGUGAUCAGAAAUUUUCCAGAAUGAGGUAAUGGAGUCAGCGUGACAAGAACAUUUGUUCUUGACCAGGCCCUUCCUUUAAUGGUUUUAAAUUACUGAACCUCAUAUUUAAGAGGAAAGAAAAAGCUUACUCUGGGGUAAACAUAUAUAGAUUUACUGUUUCUUUGAACAGUUGAAGAUAGCAUUUUAGUUCUUGCUAUGGGCCUAUGAUCAUACCUAAAACUGCACUAUAAAUGUGCUCCCUAACAAAGGUCUAUAGCAUACUGGAAGAUGGUUUGCUUAAAUAGUGAGAAUGAAUUUAAUGUCCAGGAUGUGAACUCAAGAUGACAGACAAUGGGCAGGCAUGCUGCAGGCUUAACAGAAAUUCAGAUGCCUUACAUCAUGUAAGGCUCAGUGUAUAUUCACCAGAAACUUAUGUAUGUUAUCUUACAAUACUGGGUUGCUUGUGUGGAUUUUUCUGGUGAUUGUUUUGUAGAUGAAAUAAGGCAUCUGUUUUUUGUUAUUGUUAAUGACCCUGUACAGGCUUUGUAUAACCCACAAA